AUGACGACACCGACCACUCGUACGAGAGGGACGUCGAACGCGUCACUGCAGUCUCUGUCGUCUGCUGCACCGCUCAACAACACGGCGCCGGUCGCGAGCACGAGCGGAUCCCCGCCGCGUCGAGGACCGCCGCCUGCGCUGUCCCGAACCGGUUCCAGCCUCGCCGAUUCACCGAUCAGUCGGACAGGAUCCAAGUAUGGUGGUGCGUCGUCGAUCCAAGCCCUCUCGCCGAGGUACUUGACCUUCUCGUCCGCGGCCAGCAACGUCGGAUCGGUCGCAACCUCGGCUGCCCCGGGAGGACCAGGGGGAGCGACACGCUUCAAGCGCGGCCAUGUGCGCAAGAAGGCACCCGCCAUCAUCGGCAUCAGGAGCGCGAACCCGGAUGAGAUUGAUCUGAUGGCACUCGAAGACCCAGACGAGGUGUUUCGGCGCUUUGGCGUGCGCGACGUCCGUGGACUCGAGAAGCGAGCUAGGUCAGUUUCACCCCAGCCGGCUUCGGGCCCAGCGAAGGCCCGGGAGGCGUCCCGUUCCACUUGUUCACUAAUGAUCGUUACUCUGUCCACACUGUGCCUUGAACAGUGAUGCAGCCGCGGGGAAAGUUGCCGAGCUACGGACGAUGGUCGGCGAGCGAUAUCGUGACCUGCUCUCGGCCGCGGACUCGAUCAUUCGCAUGAGGGCUGCCGCCGAGAAGCUCGUCGACCGGUUCGACAAGGUCGAGACGGGCAUAUCAGUGGGAGAACAAGACAAUGGGCCCGACAGUACGUUGGCAGCAGAUUCCCUCACUGUUCCUCCGAUCCCCUAGCUGACGGUGUCUUGUCGCGUCACAAUGAAUGAUCAUUAGACACUCCGACGAAGCGAGUCAAGCAUCCUAAGCUCGCCCAUCGGGCCUCACUUUCCUCGACAAAACCAGACCGAACCUUCGCAUCACCCCCAACACUCUCGCUCUCGAUACAGCUGCUGCUCACACUGCCGUCGACGGUGCACAGUCUGCUCGAAUCGGGCGACUUUCUACCUGCGGCACGGAUCGAGGGCUUGGGUCGAUUGGUCUACCGCGCGCUGUCAAACUUUACCAGCGACGGUGACGAUGCAGAUGGGGGUAUCAUAGCCGCUUUUCCCAUCAUCGAGAAACAGUCGGAAGCGAUCAACGGGCUAGGCCCGGCAAUAACUCGAAGGGCGAUCGCUGAACUGCGGACGUGGGAUACUCCGACUCUGGUGAGUUACGACGGCUCCAUCACUGGUUAUGUUUGGCCCCAUGCUGACGUGUACUGGUGCAUUUAGGCGACCGCAAACACGCUGGCUGCCAUUGUCAUGCUCGAGAACGCCUCCCUGCCCUCCUCUCUCGCAACUCUACUCGAGGCUCGGUCCAAGACCCUUUCCGCCAUCCUCUAUGCCACGGGCUCGAGCAAGUCACCGGACGUCGAUACAAUACUAAAACGUCUGAACGAGGCCCUUGGCGUCGUUCUGCGGACCGUUGAUGCCGCGAGCUCCAUAUUUGGCGCGACUUCAAGUCCCUCGACGUCGAAAAGCCUGCUCGCCCAGCUACUUCAAGAGAUCGAGCAGCCGACAGGGCUCACCAACCCCACAGACCCAACCAAAAGCGACGACGAUCAGUCGCCUCGCCUGGUUCCCAUCAUUCACACCCUGCCGAAUCAUGCCCUUCUCGCUCGACACUUGCCUCUCUCAAUCCUCGAAUAUACCCCAUCCCUGCCCAUGUCGCCGUCCAACCACCCCUUCAAUCCCUCAGCGGCGCAUUCGCAGGUUCAAUCCUGGCUCGCCCUCGAAACAGAUCGAGUCGUGCAGGGUGUAACUUCCUGGAUAGCUCAUCUACGCGGAGGAGCACGAACGCUCGCUCAGAUCCGUAGUACGCUCCGCUCGAGUCUCGCGGCCUUUUCGGGGCUUCGCGAUGCCCAGGCCGACGUCGCGGCUCUCGAGGUCAGCCUCAACGCGGCAUUGGAAGCUCGCUUCGAGAAAUUCUAUCGCCAGCAUAUGCGCAGUCUCGUCGACCGCGUCGAACCCGCCCUAUCUUCCGCACUCGAGAAGCUCCCCACGUCUUUGCCUGACCUCGACACCGCCGAGUUCUUGCUCGAAACGCCCCUGCCUUUCCCCAAGACCUCGCAUUACGGCGUCUUGCCUCACAUGAGUACAAGAGCCAACAACAAUGUCGCCGGUCUCUCAGCGCAGUCGUUCAGCGACACGCCGUUUGAGGCGUUCCUGGACCAGGUGAACAAAAGGGUCAUUGGUCGGAGCCCACUUAUCGAUCAUGCGCUCAGUGAACUGGAAGCGCAUGCUCGGGACCUGCGCAAGGAUUUGCAGGACUGGCUGGAGAGCGAGGAUCAUGGUCUCGAUGUACAGUAAGUCCUUGGCCGUAGUAGGUUGAGAUCGUGUCGCGACGGUACGUUGACCUGGCUUAUGCUGUUUUCAGGACACGGUUGAGGAUCGCCUACGUAGGCUCGGCUCGGGACAUGCUGCACAGCGUUUACGAAGCCUUGGCGGCUCUUCUGGGCAAGCAUGCUUCAUCGGUCACAUCGUCUCUCUUUCUUGGCAACGUUUUCCACCAGAUAUCACUCAGCACCACGUUCACCGCCGACCUCCUCCACGGCACACUACCCGUCGCCAAGUCACAAGGUAAGUCUCGCUGCUCGCUACCAUCCUCGAACAUUGGGCAGAGGGAUCUCAACGGGUGCGAAAUCUCGCCCUAUUACAGAGUCGAGUAUCAUCGCCGAAUGGCAAUCGCAACUCGCAGAGCUGCAACAGCGAUCACUCGGGACAUGGCGCAUUCAAGCUGUCGAGCGAGCUGCGGACAAGCUGCGCGACGCCACCAGCUCCGAUGCGCUGCGUACGGCAACUUUGAAGUCCCGCGAGAUGGUGCAGGGGCAACAGAAUGGGCAACAGGCCACUGCAGCACACAUGGCUUUGCCGAUGCAGCCUUCACCUGCCGUCCUUUCGGCGCUGCGUAACCUCGUGUCGCUGAUUCGGAAAGUGGGACUUCAUCGAACCCAAACGGACCCGACGAUCGUACGAGAUCUUCUCGACCAAGUUGCCGAAGCUGCGCUGCAGUCGUACCAGGCUUUCGUGGCGAAAAUGGCUCAAGGUGACGAGAGCCCAUCGGAGAAGCGCGAGUUUGCGAAUCAGGUCUUGUGGGAUGUUAGCUUCCUGGGAAGGAUAUGGAACGCUUCGCAGCCCGGAUGGAUCGCUGUGAAUGAAGAGCUACGGCAGUUGGUGAGUUUGAGGUUUGUCCGAGUUGGGUGAGAGUGACGUUGCUUCCUAAUUGACCACUUCCGACUGCACAGGCCGAUCCUUCUCUCGUUUCGUCGGUCGAGGCCAGCACGUUGAAAUAUCUCCAACGAACGCAAACCAUCUUUUCCUCGCUGUUGCUGGUUGGAAGCACACCCUCGUCCUCGUUGUCCUCGACGACAGCUGCAGCAAGUGCGGCCGGAUGGCUCGCGCUCGGUACGGUCUCGGCGCCGAGUCUGGCACUGACGGGGUUGGGCAAGCCGGGACCGCGUUUGGGACAAUUGCCGACGAGGAAUUGA